CUCAGCUACACUUCUCACUACUCAAACCAACUCUUCUUCUCAAGCUUCAGCUUCACCCCAAACCACCAUCCACCAAUAUGCAGACCAAGCUCGCCCUCGCCCUUCUCUACGCCGCCGUCAACGCGGCCCCCAGCCUCACUCCCCGCCAGGCGACCUCCAUCCCCGUGGAGAUCUGGGAGGGCACGGGCUGCAACACCGGCGCCGGGCCGAUCACCACGGCCAACGUGCCCACCGACGGCUCCUGCUUCGGAAUCUCGCCCAUUGUCUCUGGCGACACCGACAGCGGCAAGGUCAGCUCGAGCUACACGUUCCCUGCUGGCUGCACUUUGACGGUUUUUAAUACUACGAACUGCGACCCUCAGGGCAACUUCAUCGCGGUUAGGCAGUCUACGACCUGCUUUGGUACUUUUGGGGCGGGCAAGCUUAUCCGCUCGGCUAGGACUUCGGGAACAUGCUAGAUGGUGAGCAUGUGGCUCGUUGGUGGAUGUGGUAGGAGAUCAGGGGAGAGCGGGUGGAGGGGUUGACGGUCAGAGUGUUUGGUGAUUGUGGG